AGGGACUGAUGGGCAAUAAUUGAAGUUGGCAGGACUGCAGUUGCAAAUUCCUUCUUUCGGCAAGAAGCUUGGACAAAUUGCAAUACCAUGAUCAUUAAUGUUUCUGGAACUCAUAAUUGAUGGCAACGGUGGUUUAUUCAUCAAAUGCACCUGGACGACGACGAAGAGCUACAGCCAAAAUCACUCAAAAAGAGUCUUCAUUUGUAUCCACCAACACUGAAGAUGAUCAACCUCACCUUCAUUUCUCAUCUUUUACUUUUGAUUCAUCAAAGCAUCAAGGAGAAGCUCAAGAACAAUCAAGCUGCUGCCAAGAGUUCAGCGGUGACUGUUCCUGGUCAUGGGAAGAGUUGAUGGGGAAUGAGAAUAAAAAGUCAAAAUCAAGGAUUGGUUCGAAGAAGCGAAUUAAAUGGACUGAAGAACUUCACCAGAAAUUCAUGAAUUGUGUGGAUCAGCUUGGUGGCACUCGAAAAGCCACACCAAAGCAACUCCUCCACUUGAUGAAAACUGAAGGAUUGACUCUCAUCCAUAUAAAAAGCCACUUGCAGAAAUACCGCAUUUCACAGCAUAUUCGAGAUUUUUCAAAAGCAGGAAAAUCCGAGAGAGAAACUGACAAGGAACUGAUGCUGGCUAACCAAAACAGAGGGAAGCAGCUGGUGGAAGCAGCGAGACAACUACUUGCUACACAGAGUAGUUUGAAUGAACAAUUGGAGGUUCAGAAGAACUUGAUAUCAGCUAUUGAAGAACAAAUGAAGCAACUGAGAGGAGUUUUAGAACGAAGAGGGAAACCUGUUGUGUUUAGAAAUGAGGAAGAGAGAAAAUAAAAUGGAGUUUGGUUGAAUCAGAAAAAUGUGUUCUUUCUACUGUCAUCUUUUGAUGUCAAUAUCCCUUCAAUCUUCAACAAAAGUAACUCACAUUUAAACACGCAAAUAAAGGGUUACAGUAACA